GUAACCUUUUAUUCAGAUGAAUUAACUGGGAUGAUGCCUAUACAUGCAGCUGCAGCUUGGGGAAAUCCAAAAUGUCUAGAAGUACUUGUACGACAUGGUUGUAAUGUGAAUCAGUUGGACUCAAUGAAUUGUUCUCCGGUUCAUCAUGCAGCAAGAAAUGGACAUAGUGAAACAGUAGAAUGGCUUGUAAAAAAUGGAGCAAGUCUUGUUGAGUUGAAUCUGUUUGGUCAGAAACCAGCUGAUUUAGCAUUGGCUAAUCAUUUCCCUGACUUGGCUGAUGUGAUUCGUCGAGAAGCCAAAAAGCAGUUAAAAGAUUUGGAACCAAAGACAGUACAUCCAGAUGGUUCAAUUAGUUUGUUGUGAGAAGAAAAUUUCGAGCUGGACAAGAUUGAAUCUGCUUAAAAAUUGUUAAAAUUUGUCAGAAAAUUUCAGUGUUGAAUACACACUAUUAUUUAUUGAAUAAAAUUAAUUUAUUUCAUUGUACUAA